CAGGACAAUCUAGAGCCGGCAGAAUGGUUGAAUGGACAGACUUCGAGCGCGCCACCAUCGCGGACAUCUUCUCCAAGAUGAACUAUGAGACCGUGGGCCCUGCAGCUCUCUCCAGGUGUCUGGUCGUCUACCCCUGGACUCAGAGGUAUUUCGGCAACUUUGGAAACCUCUACAACGCCGCUGCAAUCAUGGGAAACCCGAUGGUUGCAAAACACGGAACAACUAUCCUCCACGGUCUGGACCGGGCUGUGAAGAACAUGGACGACAUCAAGGGAACCUACACAGAGCUGAGCGUGCUGCACUCCGAGAAACUGCACGUGGACCCCGACAAUUUCAAGCUCCUGGCCGACUGUCUGACCGUUGUGCGUGCUGCACUCCGAGAAACUGCAUGUGGACCCCGACAAUUUCAAGGUAAAGAUGAGGAUCUAAUGAAAGCUGAUGAUCUUCUGAAACAACAACUCAAAGACCGACCAACCUUUCAUGUCGUUGAUGUUUCUGAUGCUUGUUGUGUUGCAGCUCCUGGCCGACUGUCUGACCGUUGUGGUUGCUUCUCAGUUUGGCAAAGCCUUCACUGGUGAAGUCCAGGCAGCUUUCCAGAAGUUCCUGUCCGUGGUGGUGUCCUCUCUGGGAAGACAGUACCACUAGAGAGCUGCAACAGAAGACCUU